AUGGGGAGCAAACAGCAGCGAUCUGCGGGACUCGGCGCCUCGCAGCAUCUGGAAAAGUUCAUGGAAGACUCAACUAGCACAACCUCACAUUCAGACAACGGAGUGGAAGGUGACGGCCAAAUCCGACUGCCGCUGGACGAUCUGCUACAGGAAAGCGGAAUUUCGACUGAUCCCCCCGAGCCAUUCGUCUCUCAGAUGGGAGAUCACAGCACAAUGAGACAUUCUACACUUCAACAUGCAUCUGGUCCGAGAAAGGGAAAAUUGAAAAGGCCGAGUUCGCGAGGGCCUGCGCAAGACCCUUCAAAGCGUGCCAAAGGACCAGGGCGAACUCUAGGACGUGUUCAAGCGCGGCCAGAUGCAUACGAACUUGAAGCGUCACCUGACAAACCGAUACUGGAGCCAAUAAGACGUCUACAGGGCCACACAGACUUUUCGCCCAUUCGGGCCCAGCGCAGAGCACAAGAGACUGCGCAGGAGCAUCCCGGAGGUACUCGCUCACGUGCCAAGCCCACCAGAUUACAAGCCACAAAUGACGAAACGACUUCGCAGCCUGCACAGUCCAGUGCUCAGCACUCUCCUCAAGGUUCGCAAACGCACGAAGGCCUUUUUGUGUCCCCCGAACCGGAGCAGACAGAGUCGGACCAAAUUAGGUCUCAGAGGCCCAGUGUAUCGGAAAGUCCAGGCCCUGGUGGAGACCAAGAUGCAGACAAAAUUCAUGUCGAAGUACCCGGUGAUCACAAUACUGCCCAGGUUGAGCAUAUUGAGCAAGCCGAGAGAACCCAGGACCGUAUUGAACCUCCUGUGGAAGCUGGCGCGGAGCGGGCAGCUCGAUCCAAGAGAGGAAAGCUGUUCCCUGUGUUGAGCAAUGCUCGGAUUCAGAAAGUUCGUCAGAGCGAAAUGUGGGAUCGGUCGAAAGAGGACAACAUCGAGGAGGAAGCGCAAGAAACCCCCAUUCCAAAGCCACUUCCCUCCAGGAAGAUUCAAAAACAGCGGGCACUCGAUAGAACGAAACACAUCCAGACUAGACCGGCGAGAGGCUCCGAGAUCGCACCGGAAGCACCCGUGGACGGACCCGAGCCUUCUGUGCUCGACGCAAGUGAGAUGCCAGAACAUCAGGCGAGUGACGGCCGACUGCUCGGCCAGAUGGCUACAAUAAAGAUUCUCGUGCGUGCCACUAGGAAGGUUGGAAUCUCCAUCAAAGACGGAGUGGAGGACAUACACAAUCCGGUCGCUCUGAGGGAUCCCCAGGUGAGAAACAUCCUCGAGCUGUGCAGGCGAGCAUCUCGGAAGUUCACUCAGCUAGUCAAUGAUCCCGAGAGCUCACAAACGUCUGAUCCACCUGAGGAGCUUGAGUUGGUCGUACGUGAAACACACAAGCUCUGCGGCAAUGACAGGAACAACAUGCCGAACUUCGAGGAUCCUGACACAAGCAGCAACAUCUAUGCCCAUCUGAUACCUCGUCUCAUUCGCUUACUGAGGCGCAUGUCGGAGUGCUAUGUAGCCAUUGACGAGGGCAAAGUAGCUGCGGAAAUCUCGGUCACUUCGGAUCAUCUGGAGAAUCUAAUUGGACUGAUCGAUCUCAUCGUGGAGAUGGGUGCAGCUGCUAGAAAAUACGUCAGGCCUGACAGCUCGUUCGCCAUUGUCAAUUCAGUCAAGCUUGGGCUGUUGAAACCGUUGAAGAGCGUGAAGGCAAUAUUUCAAGGCCAUUUGCGGCGCGUCGAUGAGGAACAACAACGUGCCAGGAGGCGGGCUUUGGACGAGGAAGCAGAGGCGCGACGACAGGUCGACGAGGAAGAGGAGGAAGCGCAGAAAGCCAGAGUCAAAGCACUACGCGGUGAGUGGGAGCGACUGCAUGGCGAAAGAUGGGGGGCCGAAGGAUAUGUUUUACCAAAAUCAAAGCAAAACCACCUCCGCGUGCCCAAGCCAACGCCCGAAGUGGACCCGAAUGGAGAAGAGUUCGAGCGCGUAGUAGGCUUGUUUGGACAUAGAGUUGGGCCGCUGCCGGCGCUUGUCGACGAGGCUCGGAGGCAGGCGUGGACGGAGGAGGAGGUGAUGGCUCUCUGCUAUGGUCUCCGAGCGUACCAAGGGCCUCGAGUGUUCCAGAACAUUUUCCGUCAGUUUUGUGGGCGUAAGGGUGUGCUCAACAAAUACAAUGUCACGCAGAUUGUGACGGUGGCGGCGGAUAUCAAAGAGGACGAAACGAGAAGUCAACUUGAGAGGCAGGGCUUCGUGGAAGAUUGGGUCAAAGCGAUACCGGUGUGGACCAAUCCGCAUACUCUACUUGGAAAGGAAAAUGUUGAUGGCGGCGAGGGAGAGGUGUAA